CAAAGCUGACAAAGCAAUUUAAAAAAACAAAACCAAAAGAGCCAACAUCGACGGGGCCAAGUUAUCGAGUAACAGCACCAACAACAACAACAACAAUAUCUGCAAAAGUGUUCCGUACAAGCGACCAUAUGACGUCACCGAUCAUUAAACGGACUACGGCCUGAUUUGCAUUAAGCAUCAACGUGAAAUGCUUACAUUCACAUUAUAUGGGAGACGCCACAGUCUGGGCUUGCCCCUACUGUUGCUCCUCCUAAUCCUGGCACUCUGUCCCAUUUGGCCAGCUGCAGCGGCCAGGGAACGAGAUCGGGAACGUCUGCCCAGGCAACAGAACUCUAAUCGCUAUUCGAAUAGGCCACGCAAUGGAGGCAAUGGCAAUCGCAACGAAAGACGCGGCAACAAUAUCAAUGGCAAUGCAGGCGGACUAAUAACCAGUGUCGCCAGCCUUUCCAAUGGCCGCGAGGAUCAUCCCAAGCACACGGAAUUCGUGAAGGGCAAAAUUUGCAUCGGCACUAAAUCACGCCUUUCAGUGCCCUCGAAUCGGGAUCAUCAUUAUCGCAAUCUCCGAGAUCGUUACACCAAUUGCACUUAUGUCGAUGGCAAUCUGGAAUUGACUUGGCUGCAGGAUCCGAAUUUGGAUCUCAGUUUUCUCGAUAACAUACGUGAAGUCACCGGCUAUAUACUCAUCAGUCAUGUGGAUGUCACUAAAGUGGUAUUCCCAAAACUACAAAUUAUACGUGGUCGCACACUCUUUAGCCUGACUGUGGAUGAGGAGAAAUAUGCCCUCUUUACCACAUACUCCAAAAUGAAUACCCUGGAGAUGCCCGAGCUGAGGGAUAUCUUACAGGGCUGGGUUGGUUUCUUUAACAAUUACAAUUUGUGUUAUAUGCGCACCAUCGACUGGCAAGAGAUUCUCUCGGAUGGCUUCUACAAUUACACCUAUGACUUCCAGGCGCCGGAGCGUGAUUGUCCCAAGUGUCAUGAGUCGUGCAAGCAGGGUUGCUGGGGCGAAGGGAUUCAGAAUUGUCAGCAGUUUAGCAAGAACCACUGUGCCCCUCAGUGCGCCAAUGGCCGUUGUUAUGGCAGCAAGCCUCGCGAAUGCUGUCAUAUAUUCUGUGCUGGCGGUUGCACAGGGCCCACUCAGAAGGAUUGCAUUGCAUGCAGGAAUUUCUUCGACGAUGGCGAAUGCAAGGAAGAGUGCCCGCCUAUACGUAAAUAUAACCCAGCCGCCUAUAUACUCGAAGCGAAUCCAGAAGGCAAAUAUGCCUAUGGUGCGACCUGUGUUAAGGAGUGUCCCGGUCACUUGCUAAAGGAUAACGGAGCUUGUGUGAGGAGUUGUCCAUCGGAUAAAAUGGCCAAGGAGGGCGAAUGUGUUCCCUGCAAUGGUCCUUGCCCGAAAACAUGCCCAGGCGUGGCAGUGCUCCAUUCGGGCAAUGUUGAUUCCUUUCACAAUUGCACAGUGAUCGAUGGUAAUCUCCGUAUACUGGAUCAGACCUUUUCGGGUUUCCAGGACAUUCAUCCGAAUUAUACGUUGGGCGAUCGUUACAUCCCCUUGCAUCCCGAUCGCCUGGAAGUUUUCUCGACCGUAAAAGAAAUCACAGGCUACUUGAAUAUCGAAGGUGUUCAUGCGGAUUUUAAGAAUUUGUCAUGCUUUCGCAAUCUGGAAAUCAUUCACGGACGUCAGCUGAUGGAGAGUUUAUUUGCUGCUCUUUCCAUUGUGAAAUCGUCGUUGUCCAGUCUGGAGAUGCGUAAUUUGAAGAGGAUUAGCUCUGGCAGCGUUGUCAUUCAGCACAAUGCAAAACUCUGCUAUGUCAGCAACAUUCGUUGGUCGGCCAUCCAGAAAUCCAAUGAGCAGAAGCAAUGGAUCAAUGAGAAUCUUAAUACCUUGGAAUGCCGUAAAGCUGGUCAAGUGUGCUCAGAUCAAUGCAAUGACGAUGGUUGCUGGGGUUCGGGAAUAGAUCAGUGUUUGAACUGCAAGAAUUUCAGCUACAAUGGCACAUGCUUAUCCGAUUGCCGCAAUAUAACCAAUAUUUACCAAUUCGAUGCGAAGACAUGCAAAAAAUGUCAUCCAGAAUGCCGAACAUGCUCGGGUCCCGGAGCAGAGCAUUGCGAUGAGUGUGUCCACGUGCGGGAUGAGCAACAUUGUGUCACCGUCUGUCCCGAGGACAAGUACAACGAUUACGGCACAUGCCGCAAAUGUCACGACACAUGCGAGGGAUGCACAGGACCCAAAGAUACCAUCGGGCCUGGAGGCUGUAAGACCUGUAAUCUGGCCAUUAUCAACAGCGACACAUCGGUCGAACGCUGCCUUAAACGAGACGACAAAUGCCCUGCUGGCUACUAUUGGGAGUACGUUCAUCCACAGGAACACGGUUCAUUGAAACCUCUGGCGGGCAAAGCGAUCUGUCGUAAAUGUCAUCCACGCUGCGAACUGUGCACCAACUACGGCUUCCACGAGCAAGUGUGUUCCAAGUGUGUGGGCUACAAGCGACGGGAACAAUGUGAGGACGAAUGUCCUGCGGAUCACUAUGCGGACGAGGAGAAGCGAGAGUGCUUUGAAUGCCAUUCAGAGUGUAAAGGCUGCACUGGACCCGGCUCGGAUGAUUGUAUCUCGUGUCGCAACUUUAAGGUCUUCGGCGAGGGAGAUCUGGGACCUUAUGAGAACUCCACAAUGUUCAACUGCACCUCCAAGUGUCCAAUGGAAAUGCCACAUGUCAACUAUCAGUCUCUGAAUAUUGGACCCUAUUGCGUAUCAAGUCCGCCGCGAGGUUCCAAACUGACAGCUGGCCUGGAUACCAAAAUAAUAAUCAUCAUAAGUGUUGCCAUAGUUGUGCCUGUCAUUUGCAUCCUGUGCGUCGUCACUUAUCUGUGCCGGCAAAAGCAAAAGGCCAAGAAGGAGACGGUUAAGAUGACCAUGGCUUUGUCCGGCUGUGAGGAUUCCGAACCUCUGCGUCCUUCCAAUAUUGGAGCAAAUCUCUGCAAACUGCGUAUAGUCAAGGAUGCGGAACUUCGUAAAGGAGGCGUCUUGGGCAUGGGUGCAUUUGGACGUGUGUUCAAGGGUGUCUGGGUACCAGAGGGUGAGAACGUGAAGAUACCGGUUGCCAUCAAGGAGCUGCUUAAGUCCUCCGGAGCGGAAUCCAGCGAUGAGUUCUUGCGCGAGGCCUACAUCAUGGCAUCUGUGGAGCAUGGCAAUCUUCUCAAACUUCUGGCCGUUUGCAUGUCCUCACAAAUGAUGUUGAUUACCCAGCUGAUGCCUUUGGGCUGCCUCUUGGACUAUGUCCGCAAUAAUCGGGAUAAGAUUGGCUCAAAAGCUCUUCUCAAUUGGUCCACCCAAAUUGCCAAGGGCAUGUCGUAUCUGGAGGAGAAGCGUUUGGUACAUCGCGACCUGGCGGCACGAAAUGUCCUGGUGCAAACUCCCUCUUUGGUGAAAAUCACAGACUUUGGCCUGGCUAAAUUGUUGAGCAGCGACUCUAAUGAGUAUAAGGCGGCAGGUGGCAAAAUGCCCAUCAAAUGGUUGGCCUUAGAAUGCAUAAGAAACCGCGUGUUCACCAGCAAAUCGGAUGUGUGGGCAUUUGGAGUCACCAUAUGGGAACUAUUGACCUUUGGACAACGCCCCCAUGAGAAUAUACCAGCCAAGGACAUACCCGAUCACAUCGAAAUGGGACUUAAGCUGGAACAGCCGGAGAUCUGCUCGCUGGACAUUUAUUGCACUCUGCUCUCUUGUUGGCACUUGGACGCUGCAAUGCGCCCGACAUUUAAGCAACUGACGACGGUCUUUGCCGAAUUCGCUCGGGAUCCGGGACGCUAUCUGGUCAUACCUGGCGACAAGUUCACCCGCCUUCCAGCCUACACUAGCCAAGACGAAAAGGAUCUCAUUAGAAAACUGGCGCCCACAACUGAAGGCGCUGAGUCUAUGGUAGAGGCAGACGAUUAUCUGCAACCCAAGGUGGCUCCAGGGCCCAGUCAUCGCACAGACGGCACAGAUGAAAUACCCAAACUGAAUCGUUAUUGUAAGGAUCCCAGCAAUAAGAAUCCAAAUGGAGGCCUUGCUGGCGAUGAUGAGACUGACUCAAAUGCCCGUGAAGUGGGUGUGGGCAAUCUACGUUUAGACUUGCCCGUCGACGAAGAUGACUACCUAAUGCCCACGGGUCAGGGAGCGGGUCCCACUAACAAUAAUAACAGCCAGAAUCCAAAUCACAAUGUGGCCAAUCCAGGUGGAGCUACAGCAGGCUACAUGGAUCUCAUUGGAGUGCCUGUUAGUGUAGAUAAUCCAGAGUAUCUACUCAAUGCCCAAACAUUGAGUGCCGUAGAGCUUCCCAUACCCACUCAGACCAUUGGAAUUCCCGUAAUGAUGGGCGUUCCCGGCACAAUGGAGGUGAAGGUGGCCAUACCGGGCAGUGAGCCCACCAGUUCCGAUCAUGAGUACUACAACGAUACUCAGCGAGAGCUGCAGCCACUUCAUAGAAAUCGAAACACUGAGACGAGAGUCUGACCAAUCCCUCCCGCUCACUGCCAAAGAGAGUGAGAGAUUGGGAGAGAGAGUAAAUAGAAAAUCUUGCCACAUACCCAAGUGCCUUUAGGAAGCCAGCUCGUUAAGUGAAUGAUAUCAUAGAUAGAAAACCAUUCGCCUGUACAAAUCACCGCCCCCCUUACCACCCAACUAGGAUAUAUAUAUGUGUACUAUAUAUGUGUAUAUUUUUGUUUUUCAUAAUCACCCCGAUAUUACUCUCUAGCGUACUUAGUCCCCUAUCUAUCCUAUCAAUCAUAACCACACCUAGCUGAGUAGUAGUCAGCAGGGUUAUUUGACCUUGCACCUGUACGAUUGUAGAUUGUAUGAUGUAUGUAAUUUCGAAAACAAAACACCGAUAGUGCAUUUCUUGAAUCCUCCUGCAAUUGAGAACAUUUCCGCUUCCUGUCGGCAGGACGGAACCAUUGUCUCUGAGGAGGAGGACCCACACUAAGCUACAUUAAAACAAACAAAACAAAAAAAUUAACUGCAACAACUACUUUUUACACUUAGCUGCUAGGCCUUAGCCUUUAGUUUUCCAACUGUGAUAUAAUUUUUAGAACGAUAUUUAAGAACGUUUAUACAAAAUGAACAAAUAGCAAAGCCAACUUUCAAUUUACACAUAACUUAUACAAUUUUAGGCAUAGUUUCCAUAUCCCAUUCGGAAAAAGAAAACCCCAAAAAAUAAAACAAAAGUAAUCCCGAGCGUGCCAUGCCUUCAUUCGAAUAGAUUUUUUUGUUUGGCACCAGAAACGAUAUAUGCAAAAAAAAAAAAAAAACAAAACAAAAACCGACUAGACUAUCUAAUAAUAAUGAUCAAAGAUAUUUAAGUAUAUACUUGUAUGUUUUCAUUUAUCGACUACAGCUAAAACUAUUUGUAUAAUAUAUGUUUGUAUUGUAUGUAUUUACGACUUAAACCCAUAAUAGAGAUAUAUA